AUGCAGAUCGACCCGGCACGAAAGCGUAUGCGAGUAGGUGGAGGAGGCAAAGCAACCGAGCUGAUGAGGGCGGCUUACCCGUACUGGAUCAACUUCUACACCUCGGCUCCUGAUUUCAAGAUCACCCUGCAGGAGAUUGAGGAGAUGGUGGCUGAUCGACUGAUGCUACUGCAGGAGAUCAACAAAAUGCUCAGCGCUGAUACGGCAGUAAAACGCAACAAGAACUUUUACAGUAUUCUAAAGGGCAAGCUGGAAAGUGUUAAGAAGUCGAGCAACAGCUCGGAGAAGCACUUCUUUUUCCUGAGCCAAUUUGAAACCGAGACGGAUCCCUGUAAGAUGUACGAAGCUCGAAAGCGUGACCACAUUUCGCACUACCUCCUUCGCAUCUACUACUGCCAGUCGGCCGAGCUACGAAAGUGGUACGUCAACCGCGAAACCGAGCUCUUUCGCUACCGCCUGACGGAGUCCUCCAUGACCAAUGCUUCGACCACCAGCUGUGAGCUGCAGGAGUGCCUGAAGUACUACGGCUACGACUACGACAUUGUCGACUGCGUACAGCAAGAGAUGCACGAUCGUGUGAGCUGGAUGGAGUUUCACAACAACCACCUUACCCGGAUUGUCUUCAAGAUGCACUUUCUUGACGCGCUCGAGCUGAUUCGAUCUCGGCGAGUGUACCUCGAGGGCGGUUACGCCUACAUUCCUGCCCCGGAGAUGGUCUCGGUGCUGUGCGCCCAGUUUCGUGCCAAUCUCUCUCGCGAUCUGGCGCGAAUGCACACUGACUUUGAGUUUCUAGACGAGGAGCGGCUGAUCCAGCGACUCGACGCACUACAUCGCAGCUACAUCACCGAAAUGAAGAGCGAGCAAUCGGCGGGUGAUGCUCCGCAGAGCCGCUACAGCAUUCAGCCCGAUCAGAUUGACGCCCUAGCGGAGGAGUUCUUUCCGCCCUGUAUGCGCUCCAUUCAUGAGUCACUGCGUCGUGACCAUCACCUGAAGCACUACGGCCGUCUGCACUACGGCCUCUUCCUCAAGUCGGCCGGCCUCUCUCUGGAGAACUCCAUUGAGUUCUUCGGCUCUGAGCUGUCCACCAUCAAUCCGCAGAAGUUCCAGAAGGAGUACACGUACACGCUGCGCUACAUCUACGGAAAGGAGGGCAAGCGGGUCAACCUGAGCGCCUACAGCUGUAAUAAGAUCAUCACCGGCUGCGCCCCGGGACCGACGGACACGCACGGCUGUCCCUUUAAGCACUUUGAUGAGAAGCACCUGAAGUCGAUGUUGCUGCGCUACGGCGUCAACGAUGCGGCCACACUCGAGGAGAUUGUGCGCCUGGCGAAGGAGGAAAACGACAUGGGCGGCGCCUGUUCAAAGUACUUCACCAGCAAGCACGGAGAGGUGCCCGGCGGCAAGCCAAUCGACUCAAUCUACCACCCGAAUGAGUACUUUAAGGUGGCGAGGCAGCUUCGUUUUGCACCACAGAUGCCAUCGCAGCAGCAACAACAACAGGAGGGAGAACAGGCGACACAGGAAGAGGGCAAUGAUGUCUCCCUCUGCAAUACUACCAUCAACUCAAUUGAUGAAGGGGCGAAUCUGUUUGAUGAUACCCUCGAUGAGGAGUUUGACGACCUGCCAGCGGGGAAUAAGAAUUAA